CUUCUUACCUUUCGUCUCUAUUUAAACCCCAAACAAAGUCUUUUCCGAACAAAAUCUCUGUCGAAAGCCAUGGGCGGGCAAGAUUCACCAAAAGAACCCAAAAAUCUAUUCUCACAAUUUCCAAAAAUUGAGCUCAAAUUUCCAUUCUUUAAUCAAGAAAAGAAGGCGACAACGCAGUCUGCGGUAAAAGAGGAAUCGAGAAUAGAAGUAAUUGGUAAAGGAGAAGCAGAGAAUGGAAAGCAGAAACCUAAUUUUGUAAGGUUUCCAAAUUCCCAACCGAUAGUUCCACCUUCGAUUGAUGUCGAGCUCCAAGAGAGUAGCGGAAAGACUCACAAUCCCCUAAUCAUAUGGCAGGUUUAUGCACUUGGUGGGUUCCUAAUAUUGAAAUGGGUAUGGGCGAGGUUGAAAGAAAGGAAUGAAAGAGCCAAGAAAGAAUCGUCUGGUGAUGAUAAUCGAUCGUCUGAUGAGUAUGAAUUGCCAUCUUAUGAUAGUGAAUGAUUCUGCAAAUUAUGUUAUAUACUAAAUGCAAUUUUAGCGAGUGAAAGUGAAGCUAGUUAUGUUAGCCAACAGCGAUUUUUUAAUCGCUUAUCUUUCUCGCUUGUCUUGUUCGUUUAAGUUACACUCUUUAUUCUGAAAUGCAAUUACAGUAUUUGAUCAUAUAUGUAUUUGCUAUGAUGCUGUGGUUAUUUUCCA